AUGCUGGGCCCGACCUUUGGCCACACGGCAGCGAGCAUUACUGGGCUUCUCUUGAUCGAGAAGCUCGUCUUGGAAUGGGUGUUUCCACCCUGGAUUCCGCUCUUGGAAGAUUUCGAGGCCCGCGUUGGCAAGAACGUGGCCGUUGGAAUCAUCGCCGUGGCGAACUCGGCCAUCACGUUUUGGGGCAUUGGCCUGCUCUUUGCCCUGCCGCCCAUGUUGGGCUGGCGCAGGUGGAAAAUCCAGCAGGACCGCAGCUUGGAUAUGGCGCUGCUUUGGCGCUCCCUACCGCUGAUUGCCUUCAACUUCUUGUUGCAGGUCCUCAUUGGCGUGCCCUUCCUUCUCUACAUGCUCCCUGCUGCUUCGCUUGACUGGCAUGCGCUGCCCGCCACGGAGACGUUGGCCCGGGACAUCACGGUGUGGCUGUUGGUGGAGGAGGUCUGCUUCUUCUAUGUGCACCGCUGGCUACACCAAGAUAAGAGCAUGUAUGCUGCUGUGCACAAGCUGCACCACACGUGGACUGCACCCAUCUCCAUUGUGGCCAUCUACUGCCAUCCAUUCGAGCAUCUGGUCUCGAACAUUCUUCCGGUUUUGCUUGGGCCCUUCCUUUGCCGCUCACACGCCGCCUCCUUCGGCAUCUUCCUGUCCGUGGGCACGGUCCAUACCUUGGCGGUCCAUUCCGGAUACUGGUUCUGCGACGACAAUGGCAUGCACGACGAGCACCACGCGAAGUUCAACGUGAACUAUGGCGUGAUGGGGCUGAUGGAUCAGUGGUAUGGAACUUACCAGCAGCUUGGGCUAUUUUAG